GCCUCUUCCUCUUGAAAAACUGUCAAUGACUAUUUACAUUGCCGUAAUAAGGUAGGGCGGAUGAAUCGGCGCUUUGUCAGAUUACACUGCACUUUCACACACUUCUCAGGCUUCCUGCACAAGCGCAAUCUGACGCUCUCCCUUCUCCCCUCCCCACUUGCACAAUACAGUACUCACUUCCCCGAAAUGAUCGGAGGUGGAAAGAUACCACACUGAAGGAAAUGGACAGUAAGAAAAUAACUACUGAAAUCCCUUCAGAGUAACACCUUGGAACCUGAAAGCCGACGAUCUAAAGAGACACUACUGUUUCUGAUGCACCAGAAGUGCGGUUUAUUAAGUAUUAUCGAUGUCCACAACCGGAGAAUCAGAAACGAUUGGAAAGUUGUAGUCGAGCAGUGAUUGAAUUAAUGGACUUGCAUAUCUGUGUAUCUUCGCUGUUGUGGAAAUGCUGGGCCACGUCUCAUAGUGCCGUCGGAAUUGGACUGUGUACCUCUGCCUCGCUCCACCGAACCGGUGCGGGGCCGGGGAGAUGAGGAACUGGACCUGCCCUCUUCUGUUCACCUUCUUAUGGAUUUUUGGGUUUUCCAGUUCUAUCCCAAGAUCAAACCUAAAUGCUGAGGAACUGACUGGUGAAAGAAAUGAGGCUGUUCCUAUCCCACCUAACCAGAUAAAUGACUGCAAAUCUGAUGAAUUUAGAAGUGGUGAAUACUGCUGUAACAAAUGUUCUCAAGGAUACAAGCUUAUCCGUGCUUGUAAGAAUCACAAUGAACGGUCGGAAUGUGAGAUGUGUGAAAAUGGAACCUUCCUCUCCUUAAUCAACUUUAACAAGAAUUGUUUUCGGUGCAAGGAAUGCAACUCUGGUCUGGGACAGAUAGAAAUCUCCAAAUGUCAAUAUAACCAGGACAGGGUGUGUGGCUGUCCGCAGGGAUAUUUUAAACGUCCACUAGCAGACACCUUCAAAUGUCAAGCCUGCUCUCAUUGCGGAAAGAACAGCUAUGCUGUCAAACCAUGUUUUGACAACAAUGACACAGUCUGUAAAUGUCUAAACAAUUACUUCAAAGGUGAAAAUGAUGAGAACUGCAAGCCUUGCUCAGAGUGUGGAGAUCACCAAGACAGCAGUUGCAAGUCGGCAUGUCCAGCGCUGGUCACAAAACCCAGUAAUGGUAAAUAUCUCUAUGGUUUGAGGAAAAAAAACGACCUUUGGCAGAACCUAUGCAUCGCUGCACUUUCUGUUCUUGGCCUUUGUUUAAUUGCCUUCAGUGCAUGGAAGGUCUUCAAACACAUACAACCCAGAUCUGUCACAGUAUAUGAUAAUGUUUCUCCCACUGAACCAACAAUUUCAACAGGCACAACGACGCUGCCAAUUGGGCAGGGAAUUCAAGAGACAGCCACUCCAGAAUGUAUGUCUGUUGUUCAGUCAAGAAGCCCCGCUGCUCAGCUUCCUGAUUGUAUUCCCCAGUGCACAGAUAGUGCCUUUUUCUACUACUCGGUUAUCAAAGUUGUGCCAGUCAAUUGCUGGAAAGAGUUUAUCCGUAGAUUGGGCCUUAGUGACCAUGAGAUUGAGGUUAUUCAGCGCGACCAUCCGCAUUGUUUCAGAGAUGCACAGUAUGAAAUGAUGCGUCGGUGGAGGAUGAAAAAUGGGCCUGUGAUGCCAGGAAUGCUGACAGUCACCCUAACAGACAUGGAAUUAGCUGGCUGUGCCGAAGAACUUUACAGCAAGUUGAAGUGGCAGGCCUAAACAAUUAUGAAGGAAUGAGUCAGUUAUCCUCUGUGAUGGACAUUAUAGUAGCAGUGGGAAAACUAUUACUCAAUGUCUAGACUUCUCAGAAAACUACAAGAUACACUCAAGUUUUAGUAUACUGAGUGAUCAAUAGACCCUGUUUUUUUUUUUUUGCAGCUAAUUUUAGAACAAAAUACUAUCAGGGCCUCCUAACCACAAGAAAGCUGCUGCAACACAUAUGGCAUUACAUUAUUGGAGUGGAUUCACUACAUUUGGUAUUUAAGCAGCAUUUUUGUCUGCUUGAAACUUUGGAAAGGACAGGUCUGGCGUCCAAUGACCCUGAAUAAAAUUAUGUGGGUUUCAGAAUAUUAUGUUGAUUGCCAGUUAUUAUAUUUAAUGCUUACCGUCAUCUGGUGGUCCAGGGUUAUGAAUCUUGUGUUUGUCAUCUUUUAGACCUGGCAAACUUCAUCUACACAUAACUUGUAUUCCUAAUAUAAGCCUGCAACAAGUGAAGGUUUCCAAGAGAGAUCAUAUAAAGGAUUAAUGUGGUUCCUGAGGCGUUAAGCUGCACCAAAAUAUCUACGUUUUGAUAAAGAAACCACUUCCUUUACUUGUUGAAUCAGUCUGUGUAUACCGCAGGCCUGACCUGUGCACAAUCAUAUAGAUGAGUUUUGACACCUAUGUUAUGAGACACUAUAAAAAUAGUCAGAUCUUUUGUGAUAAACACCAUCACGCAGCACUUUAAAGGGCAUGACCAAUGUCUAGGUACACACAGAGAUGUUUAUUUACUUAGUGGAUUUUGAACCUAUGUCCUUGAUCUUAAGUUUCAUUCACUUAAUGACCGAAUCCCAAGGUAUCUGUGCAGUACCUUUAAUCCAUUUUUAAUACAUUUACUAAAAUCUUAUAAGGCCCACAACCUAUUCUAUAGGGAAUGGUCUCAAACAUUAAAGGCUUUCUUUACAAAAAUUAGAUAAUGAUAA